GUUCGGGAAAACAAAGCCAGCUUUUUGUCUGGCUAUCCUCUUCCAUUUCGAUUGCAAUUCCUUUCGGGUUCUCUUCUUCUCCCACCGAGAGGCAAUUAGGGUAUAAUUUGUUAUCUGCAGCAAGCUCGAGAUGGCUCUCCUCCGAUCCUAUUCUUGUUCAUUAUCUGGGAUGGGUGUGGCUGAUCACUGCAAAGACAUAUUCUUAGAGCUUCAAAGAAGGAAGACACAUCGAUAUGUUAUUUUCAAAAUUGAUGAGAAGCUAAAGGAGGUUGUUGUUGAGAAGACUGGUGGCACCACGGAGAGCUAUGAUGAUUUUGUGGCUUCACUGCCUGAAAAUGAUUGCCGAUAUGCAAUCUAUGAUUUUGACUUUGUUACCCAAGAAAAUUGCCAGAAGAGCAAGAUAUUCUUUAUUGCUUGGUCCCCAUCCAUGUCACGAAUUCGAGCCAAGAUGCUUUAUGCGACAUCGAAGGCCCGAUUCAGGUGGGAGCUAGACGGAGUCCACUACGAGAUUCAGGCAACAGAACCUAAAGAGAUGGGCAUUGAGGUUCUAAGGGACCGAGCACAUUGAAUCAGACUGGGUAAGCUUUCCUGAAGCCCCUUUUUUUCUGCCACUUAUGAAUCAGCCCCUGACCCAGUUCUGUGGGCUGAGGAAUGGCUCCAACAGUGCUCUAGUGCAGUACAGAUGCUUACAAACUUCUUAUGCUGCUUUAAUAUUUGUGUAUUUUAUGUAUAUGAUGGAUAUGGAUUGGGUUUUUAAACCCCUUAGAGACUAAAAAAUAAAAUAAAAUACUCUUUUU